GCAGCUGGAUCUAUUAUUUUGGGUCAUGUUGCAUGUGUGUUUCCAAGUUUGCAACUCUGGGUUAGGAACGCAAUCGCUAGCAGCAGCGUCAUGUCUGCCCUAUUGCUCUGCAUCGCUGGAUUACUGUGUGGGAUCCUGGUGCCCCCCUGGUGCACUUCUGCACAACACCCCAGGGAGAUCCGUGAGAGCUGUGAUCUUUUAUGGGAGGAAAACAAUGUCACACAUUUCUGCUACCAGUUCCACUUACAAUCUGCUCUCUCGUGGAAGGCAGCUCGUGAGUCUUGUCAAGCUCAAGGGGGUGAUCUGCUAAGUAUCAUGAAUCUGGCAGAACAGAAUCAUAUUUCCGAGAAGUUGAAGAAUGUGGACACCAUGGUAUGGAUUGGCCUUAAUCAACUGGAUGGGUUAUUUGGAUGGCAGUGGUCAGAUGGAGCGGCCUUGGCGUUUGUCAACUGGAAAACAAAUUCCUCCCCUUGGGUCCAUGAGAGGAAACACUGUGGAACGUAUUCUGCAGGAGGAGAACACAAGUGGCACAGCACUGAAUGUGAAUCCAAACUUCCUUAUGCUUGUAAAAAGUACCUCACCCCAAGACAACGUGAACUCUACGAGCACUGGAGGUACUACCCAACGCAGUGCGCGUCCGAUUGGAUCCCUUACAACCGGCGUUGUUGUAGACUCCAGAAGGAAGAGUUGGGCUGGUCCGAGGCAUCUGCUGCCUGUCACAGUGAUGGAGGGGAAUUAAUGAGCGCCAACUCACUGGCAGAUGUGGAAUUUCUAGUUCAUCUCCUUGAUGACGAAAACACCAGUGAAGCCUGGAUUGGAAUGAGCUCUAGUCACAGCGAUCCUGCUGAGUUUCAGUGGUCGGAUGGCUCAGCCGUGACCUUCACCAGCUGGCAGAGGCAUGAACCCAAAAUCACCCUGGAGGACAGUGACCUCUGCGUGUCGGUACACAAUGCUGACGGAAAUUGGAAAGUGAGACCUUGCAGAAGAAAACUCUCAUCCGUUUGUAAGAAACCCGGUCUAUCCGAGACGGUGGAUGAUAACGACGAUGAUAAGUGUGCAGAGGGCUGGGUUAGGCACGCUGCUUACUGUUAUGGGACUGACUUACGAGAUAAGACUUUCAUGCAAGCUGUAGAGGAUUCGAGAUGCCACCCAGCAACUAUAUCUAACAGGUUUGAACAGGCUUUCAUUAACAGCCUGAUAUCCAAUAAGUUGAUACCUGGAGAUUCUUACUUUUGGAUUGCACUUCAAGACAUUAACAAGACAGGAGAGUACAGCUGGUUAGUAAAUGGUAAAGAGGACGGGGAUGUCGGCUUCACACACUGGGACACCCAGGAGCCAAGUCAUAACGGAGGUUGCGUUGUCCUGAGUAGUGGAUCCAGUAUGGGACAUUGGAAGGUAAAGGACUGUGAAAGAUUUUCUGCAAAAUCCCUGUGCAAAUUGCCUCUGACAGCAAACGUAGAAAGAGAAUUAAACCUGCAUGAAGGGUUUAUGGACCAAACCUGUGCGCCAUCUUGGGACACAGAGCCACACCUUCAUCACUGCUAUAAGGUGUUUCAUCAUGAGAAACUGAUGAGGAAAAGAACCUGGCAGGAAGCUGAAGACACAUGCCAAGAUUUUGGAGCUCAUCUUGUCAGCUUAUCAAAUUUAGAGGAAGAACAGUUUGUAGAAGAACUCAUAAGCAGCAUGUUUAAUGGAGAUGGAAAACGAAAGUUUUGGAUUGGGUUCAAUAAGCGGAAUCCAUCUUCUAAAAAUUCUUGGGAAUGGUCAGAUAAGUCCCCAGUUGUGUCAUCAUUUUGGCAUGAUGCAUAUCCCAGUGAUGUCUCAAUGUGCUGUGCGGCAUACGGGGCGGAUAAGCAGUUAAUGCCAUUAAAUUGCAACACACAAGAAGAGUGGAUCUGCAAAAUUCCAAAAGGAGUGAUCCCCAAGACCCCGGAUUGGCAUAUUCAAGAUAUUCCAUGGGUUUUCCAUCAUGGACAUAAUUAUUGCUUCUAUGAUAUAAAUGCUCAUUUUGAUGUAGCGAGGUUUAUCUGUGACAUGAUGCAAAGUGGAAUAACCUCCAUACUUACUGAGGAGGAGCAAGCUUUCAUACAUCGGAGAAUAAAAAAGAUAUCUAAAGAGAAACAGAAAUGGUGGAUUGGACUGGAAAAUGAAAAUGAUGGACUCCAAAGAUGGGGUGACGGAUCAUUUGUCACAUACAGUAACUGGAAAACAGAUGCACAGAGAGAUGUCAACAGCAGUACAACAGCGGGAGCACGGCAGUGCGCCUACAUAGAAUCGGACACAGGGCUGUGGAGUUUCUCGGAUUGCCUCUCCCCGAAUUCAGCCAUAUGUAAAACAAACCUAAUAUUCAAAAUGGAAAAGCACUACACCCCAGUGGAUAAUGAUCAUGACCAAGAGUACGAGAUCUGUCCAGAGGACUGGCUGUACUAUGGGAACAAGUGCUUUUUUGUCUACAAAGAUGGAAAGAUGGACUGGUAUUCGGCUUCUAACUACUGUAGGGAACAUGGCGGAGGUCUGGCCACAAUUACAAACGGGAUAGAACAAGCUGUUAUAGUUAUGCAGCUGUUUGGAGAGAAGAGCGGCUUCUGGAUCGGAGUCGGCAAAACUGACUAUGAUUUAUGGGAAAACGGCACCGCAAAAACAUAUAAUAAUUGGACUCCAGCUCAAUAUCACCAUAAGGAUGUAAAUGACCAAGACCGGCUAUGUGCUCUGAUAUCAGCAAAUCAGAACGUUCACCCAACUGGAAAAUGGUAUCUUGAAAAGUGCAGCCCUAAAGGCUAUGGAUUUAUCUGCGAGAACGAACUGGACAUUUCGGACCUUGCUAUUAGCAGCUCUGAUAUGUUCCCAGUAUCAGAGACCAUGGAGUACGGAGAUAAAACGUACAGAAUAAUAUCUGGCAAUAUGUCCUGGUACGAUGCCUCCGCUGAGUGCCAAGAAUAUGGGGGUAACUUAGCUAGCAUUACUGACCAGUAUCACCAAGCCUUUGUGACCAUCCUUGUCCAUCGCUUGGGAUAUCCUCAUUGGAUUGGAUCCCUCAGCGCUGAUAGUAAUGACGAUUUUAAGCGGAUAGAUGGCGCUACGUCUCAGUUCACAUCAUGGGCGGAUGAAGAGUCGCCAUCCGAUGGAAAUUGUGUUUACACUGACACUAGUGGGUACUGGAGAGCUGAAGACUGUGAUACAGAACUGCAGGGGGCGCUAUGCCUUCCAACGACAGGUUAUUCGGUUUCCAUUUUUGCCACGGGUAUCUACACAGCAAGAAAACACUUCAUUAUACCAAUUGCUGUGUUAUCAACAAUGCUGAUCACCAUAUCUUUAUGGUAUCUGCUUAAAAGGAAGAGAUGCCUUUCAAGCCAAAACAUUGAGAGACUUCAUUACACCCCAUCCACCCCAGAGACUGAUGAUGUAAAAUGAUGCAUUCCUAUUGCAGACUAAAAUAAUAGGGAGAACCAAUAGUAAAGAAAAAUACAAAGGAAACUUUAAAAAAAAUCCCAUAUCACCUGAGCCUCUUCGGAAGACAAUAUAUUUUCUCAUACUGUAUACAGUCAUGUGAAAAAAUUAGG